UAUGUAUCAGAGACUGAUUGUACACUGGUUGAUUCCAAUGCAAAAAAUGUGAAAGAAAAAGGACACCAUCUAUCGUUUCCAUUUUACAAUGUUUCAUUCUUUGAGGAGAAUUUAAGCAAGUUGGUUAAAGCAAACAAGAUACGAACAUUUAUAUUGGUGUACAAUAAUUGGGCCUAUGAUCAGGGAAGAAUUGAAGAAUCAUCUCUCGAAAAACUUAUUUCUAGUUUUAGAUUCUUGCGUGCAUUAGACCUACAUGGUUUAAAUAUGAAGAUGUUGCCAGAUACCAUAGGUACUUUGAUGCAUCUAAAGUACCUUGACCUUUCCUCUAAUCAUAUUGAGAUUCUCCCUAGUUCAAUUACAAAAUUGGUGAAUUUGCAAACAUUAAAACUCUUUCAGUGUACAAAGCUUAGGGAGUUGCCGGUAAGGAUUCAAAAAAUGGUCAGCCUCAAGCACCUUGACCUAGAAGAUUGUGAGAAUUUGACUCAUAUGCCACCUGGAUUAGGGCAAUUGACUUCUCUUCAAACAUUAAACUUAUUUGUUGUGAGUAAUGGUUCUUCCAGGGGACUAGUAGAAUUAAACAAGCUAAACGACCUGAGAGGAAAUAUAAAGAUUAUAAAUUUGGCAUGGGUAAAAGAUGCCACCUCAGAAUUCAAGGUUGCAAAUUUGAAGGAGAAGGAACAUCUCAAUGGAUUGAGAUUAUUUUGGAAUCCGGAGGGUGAUGAUGGUGUAGAUGCUAGUGAUGAUGAAAAUUCCGUGGAGGGUGAUGAUGGUGUAGAUGCCAGUGAUGAUGAAUUUCAUUCCGUGGAGGGUGUAGAUGCCAGUGAUGAUGAAAAUUCCAUGGAGGGUGAUGAUGGUGUAGAUGCCAGUGAUGAUGAAAAUUCCAUGGAGGGUGAUGAUGGUGUAGAUGCCAGUGAUGAUGAAAAUUUUGUGGAGGGUGAUGAUGGUGUAGAUGCCAGUGAUGAUGAAAAUUCCAUGGAGGGUGAUGAUCGUGUAGAUGCCAGUGAUGAUGAAUUUCAUUCCGUGGAGGGUGAUGAUGGUGUAGAUGCCAAUGAUGAUGAAAAUUCCAUGGAUAGCCUCCAACCACACGAUAGUUUAAAAUCUUUGGAAGUGGAGGGGUACAUGGGUGUGAGAGUUUCAAGUUGGCUUUCAUUCUUAACAAAUCUCGUUGAUUUAAUGAUAUUCAAUUGUAAGAAGUGCCAAUAUUUGCCACCGUUGUAUCAACUCUCAUCUCUACGAGAACUACAUAUUGAGCUUAUGGAUAGUCUGGAGUACAUAACAGACGGGGAUAUGAAUGAUGAGAUAUCUGCUUCACUAGCAUCACCAUCAACAUUUUUCCCAUCCCUUGAGGAACUAAACCUCACUAAUUGCCCAAAUCUAAAGGGAUGGUGGAGGAGUGUGGAUAAGGGGAAUGAGGCAAUAUCAUCAUCAUCAACUAAUCACUAUCACCAAUACAUACCGUCAUUUCCGCGUCUUUCUUGUUUUAGAUUCCAGAGUUGCCCUAAGAUGACUUGCAUGCCGCUAUUUCCAAAUCUUGAAAAAGGGCUUUUUUUGAUUAAGAGCAGUUUGAAGGCAUUGGAAGAGACAAUAGAGAUGAAUAAUAGGGGAGGAAGGGCUUCUUCAUUUCCGUCCUCUUCCUCUUCCUCCUCCUUCUCCCCUCCUCUCUCCAAAUUAAAGGUUUUGCAAUUGGGUUUGGAGUUGGAGUCUCUGCCAGAGGAGUGGUUUAAAAACCUAAUUUCUCUUGAGAGUUUAGGGAUUGGGGGGUGUCCCAAUCUGACGUCACUUCCCGAAGGGAUGAGUCACCUCACCUCUUUGCAGGAUCUGGAUAUUCGCUAUUGUACCAAUCUGACGUCACUUCCCGAAGGGAUGAGUCACCUCACCUCUUUAAAGAGGUUGCUAAUCAAUAAUUGUCCCCAAUUAAUGCAAAGAUGCGAGAAGGAAAAUGGAGAGGAUUGGGAUAAGAUUUCUCACAUCCCAAAUCUUAUCAUAUAUUGAACUACUGCAUACGCUUCCCUGAAAGAACAUGACAUGGAUUUCAAAGAGACAGAAAGGAGGAAAGAAGAAAGCAGAUAUUUUGAAGUGCAAAGCAAAUUUUUGAAAGGGUGCUUGCAGGAAACAAGGGACGAUUGGUAAAAACAUCUCACAUCCUAGGUAAAUUUAGCUUUACAGAAGAGAUUACAGUGAAAUCUGCUGGAGUUGCUGCCAUGAAUAUUGUGUCCAAGAAAUUGAAGAAGAAACAUAACAUCACUAGCGUGAAGCUGCAUAAACAUGGGCCGAUGCUAUAAAUGGCUGGGAGUUCCUUGCCAUGCAUUUGAGUGCAAGAUAUGCACAUUAUGUUACAAACAUCCGUAUGGGAGAUCCCAUGGCAUCAGUGUUUUACAGCCUAGUUAAUUGAUGCAAGUUUACCAAUGCACUGCGAAGACCCUCAUGCCUGCCUGCAACAUGUAUAGAUGUGGGGCUUUGCUCUGCUGCCAUUGGAUAAAGACUUUGAUGUGCCUCUUCGUAACACCUUAAGGUUGUGGGAGCACUGGAAUAGCAUUUGUGAAUAUUCUACUUGUUACAAAUUUCUAGAGAGAUACUAUGUGAAGGUUUGAGAAGAGUGUGAUUUCCAUGUGCAGUGGUUCCAAGCAGAAACCUUCUGAAAUAGGUUUCAUCAUGGGCAUUGAAUUUGAGAAACAAGACAGUAACAUCAUUUCAAUUUUUCUUGAAUUAUCUAGCUUUGAUGAUUUAAUUGGAUUCAAAAGUUCUGUGGAAGAAGAAUGUCAUGAUAUUGAUGAGGCAAGCUUGUCGUAUGGGAGGAGAAUUGGGUCAAACAUGAUGGAUUUGAAGAGAAGACAGCCCUCAUGACUGCUACCAUGUUUGGAAGCAAGGGUGUGUUGAAUUAUAUACUGGAAACCAGUUGUGUUGAUGUUAACCAAUAAUUAGGCUUGUGGUUUGGAUGGGCUUCUGCACCUCAUUUUGUUUCUGCUGCGGACUUUGCUAUUUCAACUGAGAAUCUCUUUUUGUCUUCCUCGUAAGAUAAGAGAAGCUGCAACAAAAAUAGGUGGUGGAAGAGGAGAAUGAAGUUUGCUACUACAACAAUUGUGGCCAACAAGGGAGGUCAUACAUUAGUUCCACCAUGUGAUGAAACAGUUUGAAGCACAAAGCAAAAAUUUGAAAGGGUGCCAGUAGGAAGCAGGGGACGAUUGCCAAAAGUUGCUCACAUCCUGGAGUUUGAAGGGGAUGAAACUGCCCACUAGCUGCAUAAACAUGGGUGGGUGCUAUAAAUGGUUGGGAGUUCUUUGCAGUGCAUUCAAGUUCAAGAUAUACACGUUAUGUUGCAAACAUUGGUACCAAAAGCCUCCUUAUAUAGGUUUCAUCAUGGGUGGUGAAUUUGAGAAACAAGAGGGUUUGUAGCAUCAUAUCAGUUUUGCUUGAAGACCUUUGAUGAUGUAAUCAGUUUAAAAAAUGUUGUUGAUGAUGCAAGCUUGUGGCAUAGGAGAAUUGGGUCAAAAAUGGGAUUUGAAGAGAGGACAGCCCUCAUGACUGGAACCAUGUUUGGAAGAAAGGCUUGAAGUUGAAACCAGUCAUGUCCAUGUUAACAAGCUUGCAGUUUGAAUGGGCCAUGACUCUUAGUUGUCUUUACUGCUUGGGGAUUUGCUAUUUCUGCUGAGAUUAUUAAAGUCUUUACUUAUGCUUCUGCACAUAAUUUUGUCAUGUUGCAAAAGGUUGACUAUGUACACUAUUUUCAUUUUAUUCUGGCUGUUUAUUUGCUUUAUAGUAAUUGUAUUUAAGUAAUAUUGUGUAAUAGAACGUGUAUAUAGUUGGAGUGGAUGUUGUAUUUUA